UUUAGGAGAGUCUCCUUGUGGCAGUGCGGUUGGGGCUGACCCGAAAAGGAUGUUGCCCCAUAACCCCAGCCUACCUCAGCUCCUCCUUCAAGGCUAAAUGCCUGAUACAUGAGAUUUAUUUGACGUGUGCGUGCUAGCAACUCAACGCCGCUGAUGAAAUGCUCCCAGUUUAGCAGGUCUCACCCACCGCACCAACCUGGGAUUGUGGCCCGAGCAGCUUAAAAAAAGGACUGGGAAGAAAGGAGCGAGCGCAGCCUCAUCCCAGAGAGCAGGAGCAUCCCUGCCCGGGGCGGGGCUGGCCCGGCAGAGGCACGAGCUCGAGCCCUUCCCCGGCGGCUGCAGCCCGGGCGGCUCCGGGGAUGCCCGGCUGUGCUCUGCCCUGCGCCCGUCCGCCCACCCGCGCGCCGCACUACAAGUCCCAGGCGCCCGCGCCCCGCACGUGAUCGCAUCUGGCUUGCAAGAGACCUGGAUGGGAGCAGGCAGCGGAGCGGCUCAGCCAGUGCCCCGGGCGGUCCCGGUGCAGCCUCCCCGGCAAGAUGAUGGCAAUCUCACAGUGCUACAAAAAGCAGGCAUACUUUGACCCAAUUUACAUAUGACAACACUGAGGCACAGGGAGGCUGCACUUCAAGGGGAUGGCUAAGCCAGGAAUAAGACUCAUCUGUCUCCUGAUUCCUAGUCAAGUGCUUUAUCCAGCAGACUGUGGCACUCCCUCAAUUGGUUGACAUGGAACCAAAGAGAUAAGUCUGUUUUCUCUAAACCUUCCUUAACAGUCUGUCAGCCACUUCAUUUCUAGACCUGACGGUGCACUGGUCCCAAACUGCGGUCCACAAGGCCAUGAUGUAUUUUGUCUUCUCCGACAAGGUGGUACUUUUGUUUGACUUCUGGAAUGUCCACAGCCCGGCAGGGAUGGUACUGUCGGUGGUGGUGAUCCUGCUGCUGGCAGCAUUGUACGAAGUCAUCAAGGUCACCAAAGGCAAACUGCUUCAUCGGACAGUGUCGUCUGUCCCCACCAGCAUCAGUCAGGAGUCAUUAGCAGAACGAGACAGGGCAUCUGUCAACUCAGAGCAAGAUCAGCAAAACUCCACCCAAAAAAGGUGGUUUCUGUACCAUGUCAGCCAGACACUGCUCCACGUGAUCCAGGUGGUGAUUGGUUAUCUGGUGAUGCUGGCUGUGAUGUCCUACAACACUUGGAUCUUCCUGGGUGUGAUUGUGGGCUCCACAGUGGGUUACUAUGUGGCCUACCCAAUGCUCAAUAUGCGGUAGAAGCUCCUGGACCUGCUGCAUUCAAGGAUGCUGUUGCACGGACGAGGGCAGCAUCUCCCAUGGGAGGAUGGCGACUGAUUUUCCACUGGAGAAACUACUCAUGGCCUCUAAUGCUCGAAAGAUUCCCAGGGCACUAGGGAAUUUCCCACUUCUUUCAUUGCAUUUUGGCUCAUACUGUUAUAAAAAAAUCUACAUAUAUUUUUAAAAUCACAUUUGAACCAUUUCUGCUGGGCCUGCCCUCCUCCCACUUGCUGUGCAGGCAAUAGCACCAAGGAGGACCUAGGUUGGGUCCAGGACUGUUUCUUGGUCUGUGGCCACCAUUAUCCCCACUGCCACUCACCAGCAUGGGAGCUGCCCUCAGCAGAAAAGCAAUGAACACUGACUUUGAAUCCACCCUCAGGUCUCACUCAGGAAUCCCAGGAACCUUUUCCCAUUGACCAGGGGUAGCGUAGAGGUUUGUGCCCUUGUCAGCAUUGCUUUGGUUUGGUUCCAAGUUGAGCCAGCAAGUGGGUGACAGGCUGUAUUUAAAUCAAGGAUGUGGAUGUGAUGGAAAUUACUCUGGCAUGACUUUAUCCUCCCUCUCAUAUGUCCGUUCAGGAUUCUGCCUGGUCCCAUUCACUUUUCCUUACUGCUUGUGGUUGGGGGAAGGAGCAGAAUUAGAAAGAGGUGGUAUAACCCUAAGGUUAUCUCUUAUCCUCCAAGGGUUUCUUUACAAACCCUGCCCCGUGCCACCCUGUGCCCUUCACCUCACACGGUGCCUUCCGUGUUCCUGUAGCACUACCUGUGACUGAGCAUAUCAUGGUAUGGAGAGGUGGAUGCAGUGCAAGCUGCUCUUGCAUUUGUUUCCAGAAUCUCUGAAGGCAACUGCAUUCAUGUGCCAAACAGGAGAUUUUACCACACCUUUAACUCUCCUAUGAAAUAUGAACUUUCAUUUCUACCUGGGAGAACUUUACAAUCUUUUCUCCUAUGCCUGAAAAAGGGUGCCUGUGCCUGAAAGCUUGUAAUUAAAUAAUUUUUUUUUUAAAUGUAGUUGGUCUAAUAAAAGAUAUCACCUCUAUCACGAGUUCUGACUGCAUUAAUAUAGAACUAGUAGGUGUAGCUCUUACAUGUGUGCAAUGACUGAACUGCUGUGGAAAUAGGUUUGCCAAACUCCUACUGUGUCUCUCUGGUUCUUCCUGUUCUUCCCAGAGAAGGGCCCAUUUUAAU